CUUAAAAGAUUUAAAACCGAUAAUCUUGUCGAUUUAAAUACUUUUUAUGAAACUUUAUUGGAUACAUUUAUUUACAACAAUAACAAAAUGGUUAGUAACGAAGGUCUUUUAAGUCGUUUUAUUGAUGGCACAAUAUGAAGAAAAAUAUGUGCCGAAGUUUGUAUCCCUUUUUACUUAAAAGACAAUAAAAUGCAUUGUAUUGCUCUAAGGUCUGAAGCAUCUGGAAGUUAUAUGUACAGCUCUGCAUCAUUAUUUUUUGUUGCUGACAAUACACUGAUGGAUGUGUUAAGGGUUUUAACAUCCCUUGAAAUUUAUAUACAAGUUGAUUAUUACUGUAAGCAUCCUUUAUUUUCAAAAAUAUUUUCUGAUUGUAGUUCUCAUUUUAUUAAUCUCAAAAGUUUGUUGUGUACGUCAGUAUCUCAUUCUGCAUUAGAUUCUGGCUUCGAAAAUAAUAAUAUUAUUAAAACUGAAGCAAUUGCAAACUGUGAGAGCACAGAAAAAUGGGCUGGUUUUUUAUGUUUGUUAGGUUAUCAUCGGUUCUUUCUUGUAAUAUUGUUUCCUGUUACCCAGAUUUCGGUGUUGAAAAGUAUAAAAUAUUUUUUAACCUAGAGAUCUCACCACGUACUCCCAUUAAAUUUUGUUCCCCAUUUUACAUUUUGUUUUCUUAUGAUGGGAAUUUUCAGUCAGGUACAUUUCAGCAUAAUCACUAUGUCUCACUAAUUUUUAUUCCUAAAAAGCGUAAACUUUCCAAUAAAUCAAAAACAAUAAUUUCGAAAAAAUUGCUGCCAGUCUUGUCACCUAAUAAAUUUCUAGAUACAAAACAGACCACCAUUGAUCAAGUUGAUACAAUUGUACCCAGCACAGAAGCUAAAAAUCCAAAUAAAAAGUCUUACUC